AUGGAUGAGCAUCGAUCAAGGACACCAAGUAUAGAUAGUAGGAAUUAUGCUAUUCCAGAAGCGGAUUACCUCCCGGCAGGCAUUGACAUAGAUAGAAACGGUGUGUCUGAAUCAGAUGAUUCUUCCGAUGAUGAUGCUCAAAGUUCACUAUUUCCAACAGAAUCCAGUGGUACGUUGUGGAUGAACCAAAUCCAAGAUACGCCUAUGUUUGACUCAAGUAAAUUUCUAUUUGAGUCGGUAAAUAAUGCAAUAAACGAUAUUGACUUUUCGGAAUCCCUUGCAAUACAAGCAAAGACAUCUGCAUUGAUUAAUUCGAAGAGCCGGGAGUUGAAAGGCCUUAUUAAGCAAUUACAGGAGAAAGUAGAUUACUAUAAUGAAAGGUUUAAGCGCGGAGCUGUUGUAUCAAGCCAAUUGAAGGUUAACCUACAGAUGCUUUCGAAACGGAUUGCAACUUUGGAUGACCUCUUCUCCAAACAGUUUCCUAUCGAAUAUAAUCAGUCGAAGGAAAAGGUGAUGGAACGAACAUUAAAUGAUUGA